CUCAAGCCAAAUCCUUCCUCUUUAGCUCGUGUGCAUGUGGAAGGGCCACCGAAAAUGAAGCGCAAUAGUGAAGUGUCUUCUUCCCGCCGUAAAAGCCGAAAGGCUCACUUCUCAGCUCCGUCAAGUGUAAGGAGAAAGCUCAUGAGUGCCCCACUGUCGAAAGAACUCCGACAGAAAUACAAUGUCCGCUCUAUUCCCGUCCGCAAAGACGACGAAGUUCAAGUCACACGUGGGCAUUUCAAAAGCCAACAGGUCGGAAAGGUGAUCCAAGUCUACCGUAAAAAAUGGGUUAUUCACAUUGAUAGAAUCCAGCGAGAGAAGGCUAAUGGUGCCACCGUUAGUGUUGGAAUCCACCCCAGCAAGGUCGAGAUUGUCAAACUUAAGAUCGACAAGGAUAGAAAGAAGAUUUUGGAUAGAAAGAACCGCUCCAAGUUGGCCGAGAAAGGAAAGCACACGGAAGAGGAGGUUCAAGCUAUGCCUACGGAGUGAAUUGAAUGCAAGCCCAAGAUCGAGCUUCUAUCAUGUACACACAGCCAGCCUUGAUGAAUAAAUAAUGAAAUAACUCCA